AAAUAAAUGACAAGUCAACGUUCUCAACCAGAAGAGAUUUGUUACAAGCGAAUGCUUUCAAUAUCACCGGCUAUAUCAAAUUACAUUUUUUCAGGUGAAUACUUCUACAUUAUCACAACAUCAAUCAACAGAUACAUUAUUCGCGACACCAUUUCCUGUUAUAAGCUACCUUUCGAAGGACAACCAUUAAGUGACAUUUGACAAGGUCAGCAUGGCAAAGGCACCAGUGACCAAUGAACAUUUGCAAAAACCUUCAUUGGAGGAAGAUGUAUCGAAUGAAAACAGUUGUGAGGGUGAAUCUGAGAUGGACAUCUGCGUUUUUUUGGAAGCUAUUUAUAACGUUUUCAAUCGCUACGUAGAAAAAGAAAAGACAAUAAAUAAUGAGCAAUGUUAUCAGAUUGUAUGCUCCACGAUAGAAUUCUUUCAUGCAAAAAAGUUGGAGAUUGAAGUGUCCAAAAACAGUUUAAAGGUUGAUUUUGCGAAAGAAGGGAUAAAAGAACCAGCAAAGCACGAUCACAGUAAACUAAGUAGUGAUAAAAAGUCACAACAUGGGAAAGAAACGUUGAAAGCACAAGCAGUGCAAGAAAUAGGAGAACAACAUGCAGAUCCAAAAGAAAGCAGACAUCAGUCCAGGAUAGCUGAGGAAAAUGAGCCCAUUGUAAAGGACAGUGUGCAACACGUAGUUGAUGAGGACAAUGGCUUUAGUUCUCAAGGCAUAUUAAUUGGUGAAAACAAUGAUCAAGUGCCAUGCACCCUUAAUAAAUUAUCAGACAGCAAAUCAACGCCAUUGGAGACAGACGUGCCAGAGGCAAUUUUUCAACAGUUCACAAAAGCCAAGGAACAUACUGACAAGUCAGUUAUAAAUAAUACUUCGUCAUACAAGGAUAACGAGGUGUGCAAGAUAGCAUAAGUGGAGAGCCUGGGCACGAAAAUGAUGAAGCAAUUGAUGAUAAGUGUCGUCGAAAGAGUGCAAAGAUGUCUCAUAAAAAAAGCCUAUUCGACAGAAUUUUACAAGGAUGUCUCUAACGAUACAAUCUCUCUGUCUCAGGAACGUGACUUCGCUCAACUAAUUAAAAUAAUUGAUGAAGACAAUGAUAAAUUUAAAAUCGUUAAUGAAUCAUGCGAGAGCAAAUCUACGUCAUUGGAGAUGGACAAAGACGAUGGAUCAUAUGACACAUACUAUGAGAUGGAGAAAGCAGACUCAAUUUCAAGAGAAAUCAAAAAAAACGAUGGAAAAGCGUUUUUCUGUAAAUUUGCACCAUGUACGUUGGCUAACCUACUACUGUUGUUAACUACCUUGUAAAUUUAUUUCUGUCCUGUACAGCUGAUUCAAAAAUUGGGUCAGAUUUCGUUGGGGACCAAGUUUGUGAUGAAAAUUUUGGAGUUGCUGAAAUAUGAGCAAGAACAAAAUGAGGAUUUAAAAAAACAAAUGAAGGAAGAAAAUGUGGAUUAGAAAAAACUAAUGAAUGAAGUAAAUGUGGAUUGGAAAAAACUAAGGAAGAAAGUAAAUGUGGAUUGGGAAAAGCCAAUGAAGAAAGUGCUAGCAAAACUAAAGAAAACAACGAUAAUGCCAUGUACAAACAUAAUUAUUGCCCUACAAAGAAAAGGCUUCUUAACAUCAAUCUUCAAAAAAGAGGUCGGUGUUGGCAGAAAGCAGUAUUUUCUAAAUACGGCUAUUAAUGAAUUUAAAAUGUCGCAGCAUAAAGCAGGACUUAUGAUUUAUAUCACUGCCGAGAAGAGUCAUUGUGUUGUCUUGAUUAAGGACGAAAAUGGUGAAGAAGUGAAUAUUUACGACGCUACUAUCAACGAAGACGAAGUCGAAAAUUUGGAAAAUCUUCAGAGCUUACAAAUCCUCGUAUUGACCUAUAAAAAUGAUAAGAUACCACUCAUUAAAAAAGAAUGGUUUAUGUGCAACGAGUGUUUUUGUGCAAAAAACUAUAAUGAAGCGCACAAAAACAAUAUCUCCACCAAUUAACUGGAUUUUUCUUUUUUGUAGUGAUUUGCAAUCAAUUUUGUAAUGCAUGUAGUAAGUUGUCACAGUUUUACGGUUUAUUUAUUGGUGAGAUGUCAAAUUUUUGAGUAUCAUAUAAUCACAAUGAUCUUUUUCUUAAAAAUCGUUUGUUUAAGUGUAAAUUUUGUGAGAACUUUUCGUAUAACUAUGUAUCGUUAUAGUUAAUUGCUACGUAUAACAUAUUUUUAAUAAUAAUAAUACUAAUAAUGAUAAUUAUGAUGAUGAUAAAUUAUUUUUGAUUGCAAAGAAAGCACAUUGCACAAUACAACUGAGCGGCGUGAAUAAUAGACUGUAGGAAGAUCUUAAGAAGCUAUAGAAAAAUUGCACAAAGCUCACACAAAACUCUCCCUCAAAAAGGAACCCAGACCCAUUGCGCGAAAGACUUUUAGAUAAUUCAAUGCAAAAUAUGACCAUUUAAGUUUGUAAGUAGCCAGUCAUCUCAUUUUUUGUAUAAUUUCCAUUUCUCAAAAUCUA